AUGGCGGACGCCAAAGUUCAAGAGCAGGUCGAUGCCUACCCUGUCCCUCCCAAGAUGCUUGCCCAGCAUCCAAGCAAGCCCCACCUCGCAAACCUCGAGGAGUACCAGACUCUCUACAAGGAGUCCAUCACAGAGCCCGAGAAGUUCUGGGGUCGCCAUGCCCGCGAGCUUGUCUCUUGGUACCGCGAUUUCCAGACCGUCUACUCUGGCUCGCUCAGCAAUGGCGACAACCAGUGGUUCGCCGAGGGCCAGCUCAACGCUUCUUACAACUUGAUUGAUCGCCAUGCCGCCAAGGACCCCAACCGCGUCGCCAUCAUCUACGAGGCCGACGAGACCGAGGAUGGCCGCGAAGUCACCUACGGCGAGCUCUUGCGCCAGGUUUCCAAGGUCGCCUGGACCCUGAAGCAGAUGGGUGUCCGCAAGGGUGACACCGUCGCCAUUUACCUUCCCAUGAUUCCCGAGGCCGUUGUUGCCAUCCUGGCUUGUACCCGUAUUGGUGCUGUCCACUCUGUCGUUUUUGCCGGUUUCUCUUCUGAUUCGCUCCGCGACCGUGUCCUUGACGCCGACUCCCGCGUCGUCAUCACCACCGACGAGGGCAAGCGCGGCGGCAAGGUCAUUGGCACCAAGAAGAUUGUCGACGAUGCCCUGAAGCAGUGCCCCAACGUCAGAAACUGCCUUGUCUUCAAGCGCACUGGCGCCGAUGUGCCCAUGCAAGAGGGCCGUGACGUCUGGUGGCACGAGGAGGUCGAGAAGUGGCCCAACUACAUUGCUCCCGAGACCAUGAACGCUGAGGACCCUCUCUUCCUUCUUUACACCUCUGGUUCGACUGGCAAGCCCAAGGGUGUUCUGCACUCCACUGCUGGCUACUUGCUCGGUGCUGCCAUUACCGGCAAGUAUGUCUUUGAUCUGCACGAAGGUGACCGUUACUUCUGCGGUGGCGAUGUCGGAUGGAUUACCGGCCACACCUACGUCGUGUACGCUCCUCUAAUGCUCGGUGUCACUACCGUCGUCUUUGAGGGUACCCCCGCCUACCCCAACUUCUCCCGCUACUGGGACAUUAUUUCCAAGCACAAGGUCACUCAGUUCUACGUUGCCCCUACCGCUCUGCGUCUGCUGAAGCGCGCCGGUGACGACUUUGUCAAGGGCGACAUGAGCAGCCUCCGUGUCCUUGGCUCCGUUGGUGAGCCCAUUGCUGCCGAGAUCUGGAAGUGGUACUACGAAGUUGUCGGCAAGGAGCAGGCCCACGUUGUUGAUACCUACUGGCAAACCGAGACCGGCUCAAACGUUAUUACCCCUCUUGCUGGUGUCACCCCCACCAAGCCCGGCAGUGCCUCGCUCCCCUUCUUCGGCAUUGAGCCCGCCAUUGUCGACCCCGUCUCAGGCGAAGAGCUGCACGGAAACAACGUCGAGGGUGUUUUGGCCUUUAAGCAGGCCUGGCCCAGCAUGACCCGCAGCGUCUACGGCGCGCACAAGCGCUACAUGGAUACCUACUUCAAUGUCUACAAGGGCCUCUACUUCACUGGUGAUGGCGCAGCCCGUGACCAGGAGGGAUUCUACUGGAUCCGCGGCCGUGUCGAUGACGUCGUCAACGUUUCUGGCCACCGUCUGUCCACUGCCGAAAUCGAGGCUGCUCUCAUUGAGCACCCUGCCGUUGCUGAGGCUGCCGUCGUCGGUGUCCAGGACGAGCUUACUGGCCAGGCUGUCAACGCCUUUGUGUCCGUCAAGGACGGCAACGAGAUUACGGAUGCGCUGCGCAAGGAGUUCAUCAUGCAGGUUCGCAAGAGCAUCGGCCCGUUUGCUGCGCCCAAGGCCAUCUUUGUUGUCAACGACCUGCCCAAGACCCGCAGUGGCAAGAUUAUGCGCCGUAUUCUCCGCAAGAUUUUGGCUGGCGAGGAGGACCAGCUCGGUGACACCUCUACUCUCUCCGACCCCUCUGUCGUCGAUACCAUCAUUGAAACCGUCAAGGCCUCCAAGAAAUAA